AUUUUAUAUGCACGAGUCACUGUUUUUAUUUUUUAUUUAUAAAUUUAUUUGACAUCACUAAUAUUGUUCUAGGUAUGCAAUAGGAAAUGCCGAAAGACCAAUGCUACCAACUAAAAUCGGCUGGUUGGAUAUUUUAGCCAAUGACACCCAACAGUAUUACUUACCAAACAAUACAGGAGGUCCUAGCAUACGAAGCAGAUACGUAACUGCGUUAUAUUUUACGUUCACUUCUCUGACAAGCGUGGGAUUUGGCAACGUGGCUCCCAACACAGACGCAGAAAAGAUCUUCACUAUUUGCGUCAUGUUGGCAGGAUCUCUCAUGUAUGCCAGCAUCUUCGGUAACGUUUCGGCGAUCAUCCAACGACUAUACUCAGGUACAGCGAGAUAUCACACCCAAAUGCUUAGAGUGCGUGAAUUUAUCCGGUUCCACCAGAUUCCGAAUCCGCUGAGACAACGGUUAGAGGAGUAUUUCCAACACGCGUGGACGUAUACGAAUGGCAUAGAUAUGAAUUCCGUUUUGAAAGGAUUUCCGGAGUGUCUGCAAGCAGAUAUAUGUCUACAUUUAAAUAGAAAUUUGUUACAGAAUUGUAGCGUGUUUGAUGGUGCCAGUCCUGGAUGUUUAAGGCAUGCUAUCUCAACUCAAAAGAAGUAUCCCAGACCUAAGGUUACACAAAACACACCAGCCACUCAUAGUGUUUGUGAUUCGACCAAUAUUCCAAUUAAGAAAACAAAAGCUUACAACGAUAACGAUAAAUUGAAGCAGUUAACUACAGAACUACAGUUGCACCACAGAGAAGCUAAAGCUGGGCAAGCUGUAAUUAAUGAAACAAGAAAAGCAGCACCGGAAAAUCCAGGAAUAUAUGCAAUUACUUUUAAUUUACAACGAGCAUUACCACCCGACAACUUGUCACUAGUCCAACGUUUUAUAAGAAAAAAUAUUCUGCUUCAUUUCACACAGUCCACUCCUCCCUCCAGCCAUAGGAUACGCACAAUACGAAGACAGUCCUCGAUUGGGGCUUAUCACCACCAAGAAGCCACGACUAUCGCGUCGACGCAACAACAAAGCGCGCCUCAGCAACCGCAGCUCAUCUCCGGACCCCUUUCUAGCAGUACCAGUUACUACACCAACAGUCCUAGUCCUCCACAUGUGACUGAUACCGGCGGGACGCACGUCCAAGAAAUACUGAUGCCUGAAUACGAAAAUAUAGCAAUAGAUCCCAGUAGAACUAGAUAUACAUUUCAAAGAUCAGUUAGUGAACCCAAACCAAUAUCAAAAAAUCAUCAUUCCCAAGUUCUUCAUAGGUUUGCAUCAUUUAACAAAGCUUUUGAUUUCGACAAAGGACCUGAACUUUCUUGGGCAGAAUGUUCAAUAACAAUAGAAAAAGACAAGGAAGAGAAACCAGCUCCAAUAGCUAAACUAGAGUCUUUAGACGAGCUAGAUCUGGAAUCUCCUCUAGGAAGUCCAAAAAAGCCGAAGAAAUAACAGAAUUGUUUUUAAGAAGUCGUUUUUUUUUAAAUUAAUAAUUAUACAUAUUAUAAAUAAGAAUUAAAGAAAAUGUUGUCUGAAAAGGUCAAGUUAUAUCCAAACUGAUGGUCCCAAUAUUUGGGACAAGCUUUUAUAGACUGUUAAAUAAUAUAUUGUUGUACAUUUAUGAAAACAGUGAGAUAUAUAAAAAAUUAUUUCCGUAUAUUUAAGGGCAAUACAAACUUUGUUUAUUAACACGAAGUUAUGUACGAAAAACUCGAAAAUUUAUCACAAUUCAUUAACCUUCUUGAAAAAUGUUUUGGCCUUGGUAUAUUUUUAGACUUAACGAAACUGUUGUUUAUAUGUACUCAUUCUACUUCUUCUGUUGAAUUUAUACAAUUAAAUAGGAAAGAUCAUACUUAAAAACACACUUUUUAUUAUUUUAAUAAAAGCAUUCGGAAGCAUAAUGUGUUUAAACAAUUUCUGAUAUUAAAACCAAAAUAAGUAUUUUAUAUACUAAUUAUUUGGUGUAUAUAUAUAUAUAUAUAUAUAUAUAUAUAUAUAUAUAUAUAUAUAUAUAUAUAUAUAUAUAUAACCUCUACUAAUUACAAAUAUACAAAUAUACAUACAGUAUACGUCCUCUAUAAUGAACACGGUUAUUACGAGGUUUCACUUAUAACAAGGUGCAUUAGAUCUCCCGUGAAAUUUCUAUUGAACUAUAACCCUCCAUACGAGGCCAAUUUUGGUCAUAACAAGAGAAAGUAAGAUGGAAAAACGUAUUGUUUUACGUAUUUGCCCCGACCGCGGCUAUAAAUAAAUACCCUUUUUAACUGCCGCCCGCAAUAAACUUUUAUUUAAUCUACUCACCGAUAUUGUGUUGUCGGAAAUUUACAAUUUAUAAUUCAAAGUGUCAGUGUAGAGGUUUGACCAUUUGCAUCUAAUAAUAAGAAGGUCCUAAUAGACAAGACGUGGAAAGUACUUUAAAUGUUGUAAGAAACUUUAUCCAAAGACAAAACGCAAAUGAAGAAACAUACAACUGUUUCACAUCUUUAUAAAUGACAGACUUCUUCCAAUUGCAGAAGUAAUAGUGUGUUAUCCUUGAAAAUACGCUUUAUACAGAUUUACAGAAUACAGAUUUUUUGUUUUAACGUUUCGUUGACAAUAAAAGUCCACCGCCAAGAAAACCGCCAUUCAAACAAUAUUUAGCAUAUCUUAUAUUGCUCCGAAUGGCUUCACUAUAGGAAGUUAACGUUUUAGAAAACUACAUAUUCAUAUGUAAGCACACUAUUAUUGUUGUUUGAUAUAACGAAAUUGGCUUAUAACGAGGUAAUUAGUCUGGCAUUUCAGUUCUCAUUAUGGAGGGAGUCUACUGUAUUAGAAAGGGCAUAUUAAUAUUCUAAAGAAGACGGAAUUUUAUGAAAGAGACAAUAGAAAAAUUGGUCAUUGGUAUUGGUAUACAAAUGAGGUUGCUUUCGUAUGAAUUAAUGAAAUUACAUUGAAAGACAUCAUAAUGUAUUUUUAAAAUGAGUGAGAGAGGGUUGUGUACUUACGCCUUUGCUGUACCAUAUAUACUAAAACUAUAUUUUUAGAUGAAUUAGGGAGGAAUUAGAAAUAUAUGUUGUUGUCAAUGAAGUUACUGUUACCAGCUUUAGUAAUUAAAUGUUAUGAAGACAAAAUAGAUAGUGGAUAGCAAGAAUCAUAACCCUAACAAGCUUCAUGAAAAAAUCAGUCUAAAAUUAUGGAUAGUGCAAAAAUGCAUUGAUUUUUGUUUAAAUCUGCAUUGUGACUUUGAACUUUUUUGAAGUUCUAGAUAAUAUUAACAAGAGACAGAUGGCAGAUGUGCGACAAUACUUAACUUGCGGUGACUGCUGUUCUAUGUCUUCAGUAUUUUUUAUACGGUAUUAAAAAUAUACUCUGAUAUUAUAUGUAUGUAAAAAAUUGAAAACUUUCGAUAUGUAAAUCUAUAUAUUAAUAAAAAGUGAAUGAAUUGUCAGAAAAACUAAUGAGUAUGUAUUACGGCAGUUGAAUAAAAGAAACUGAUCACAACGAUAAAUCUUAAGAAUACUGGAACCUGGUUCAUUUGAACUUCGCUAAUUCGAAAUCUCCUUUAAUUCAGUGGAUUCAGUCAUUCAAAACCAGUGAAAUAUGUGAGCAGUGCAAGAACUUGGAUGACUAGUGAUCUUUUCGAGAAAUGGCUGGAAAGAUUAGACAAAAAGUUUAUAACAGAAAAAAAAAAGUUAUUUUGUUUAUUGACAACUGUACGGCACAAACACUAUCCUACUGAUGAAGUUAUUUUUUUCCUGCUAACAAGACUUAAGUUCUCCAGCCUUUGGACCAGGGUUUGGUUGAAAAGAUAUUGACGGAAGAUUACGACUCCCUUAAAAUAAAGUUAGUCAUUCUCCAAGCAUUCCAAAUGUUUAAGAAAGCUUGUGACAAGGUAACACCCGAAACGAUCAAACACUGUUUUAAAAAAGCUGGUUUCAUAAAAAAGGAGGAACGCAGACGAUACUUUAACAGAAGAGCUGCUUUCAGUCGACUGCUGGGGGACGUCAUUUCUGAUCCUGCCAUCUCUUAUGAAGAUUUUGCCAACAUGGAUCAAGAUGUUGCAAUAUGUGCUGAAAUAACCGAUGCGGAGAUCAUCGCUGAAGUGCUUAAAGACAGUGAUGAAAAACAGGAGAGUAAUGAAGAUGACGAGUCAUCAGUUGCGGGAGAGAUACAUGUUCCGAGUGCGGCCGAAGCAACAAACCAUAUUACGCAACUUAGACGGUACUUUGAAAAUAAAAAUGACGUAAGCCAUUCUAUUUUUAAUUCACUGAACAUCUUAGGAUGUUUUGUUUUGAUGCUUUAUCCUUCGUAAGGAUGUGAUGAAGUUAUGGUAUUUGCCUCUCUCCUGGGCGCGGUGUACUGUCUCAGACAGAGAGUAACCGGUAGCGCACUUUAUUUGGUCUGAUCAUCGGAGUGGCGAUCUUCCUCGAGAUCUUUUACCAUCUACCUUUCCUUCAACCACCAACCUCUCCAUCCCUUUCAUUUGUCUGCUAAUCUUACAUAUAUAUCUACAUGUCUAUGUGCGAGUCAAAAACAGCAUUGUACCCCAGUGUCAAAUCCAAUAUCAUUUCUACAAUAAUCUUUAUAAAUCUUCGUAAAUAUUUUAAAUAGUUAUUCUAAUAUCCCAAAGACUCGUGUUUUCUCCUUUUUGAUAAAUAUUAAAAAUAAGCAGUUCUAGCGUUCUAUUUUUUUCACUUUUUUUACGUUGAUGUUAAUUCUUCUGUUUUAUUAAUUUUUUUGUCAUUUAUCACUAUUACCUUUUUCUUUGGGUGCCGUCUUCAGUGAAGGUUGGCGAUAACCUCAGCAAAAUCAUUUCUGUCCCUGGCUUUUUUUAUUUUAUGGAAUUUUUCCGGUUGUAGGGUUGAUGUUUUUGUGUUUAUUUAUUUUUUAUUACAUAUAUAUAUAUAUAUAUAUAUAUAUAUAUAUAUAUAUAUAUAUAUAUAUAUAUCGAUUAUGAUGAGUAAUCUGUUAUUUUUAAUCAUUUAAUAUACGCUUUUUUAUUUCACAAGUUUUUUGUUAAAUCCGACCAAUUAUCUUUUUAUGAAUAGUCACGUAUUUUUUAGUGUUGUGUAUAGUCACGUGCCUGUGCAUGUGAUGAACAUAAAUUUCUGAUAAUUUAUUAAUUCAUCUAUGGCUAUUUGCAUAUUUAUGGUCUGUGCAUCUUUAGGUGUAAAACAACACAGUUAUAAUAUUAUAUCACCGGUUAUAUACCAAGGCAAAACAACUUGUAUAAAGAUAUAGUAUUAUUAAAAUAAUAUAUUGAACAUUCCAAUAUUUAAAAUGUGAUAUAUAUCCGACUAACCGGUUGCUCUAAUAAUUUUAACCCUGCAUUGGCUUGAUAUUUUAUAGUGUGUAAGAAUCAAUCGGUGAAAUCAUUUGAAGUCAUUUCUUUGCAAUAACCAUCUCAGUUUAGAACUAAGGCAAAGAAUGGUUAAGUGCUAUGUUUGGUCCAUACUUUUGUAUAGUGCAGAAGUGUGGACGCCAAAAGUAUCGAUCAUGAACAAAAUUGAAGCAUUGGAAAUGUGGGUUCAUAGACAGUGGGUUCAUAGACCUUGGACAGCAAGAAAAACUAAUAAAGAAGUCUUAAGGAGCGUCAACAAAGAUAGAGAACUGCUAAAGACUGUUAAACAUCGAAAAGUGUCAUCUGGGACAUAUAGUAAGGGGAAGUCGAUAUAAAAUAUUACAACUGAUCCUUAAAGGCAAAAUAAAGGGCCGUGGAGGUGUAGGAAGAAAACAAGUUUUUUGGUUAAAAAACAUUCGUGAAUGGACUCAGAUACCAAAUGCAGGACAAUUAUUCCAUAUUGCAGAAAAUCGAGAAGAAGAUUAUAUUCAAAAUGCAAUGUAUAGUCCCUAUUACUAUGAGAAAUGCAAAUGCGAUAUUAAAUUAGGUCCAAGGCCUAACUUGAAACUUAAGAGCUGUAUUGCUACAAAAGAGAGAAUUAAAUUAGUUAAAAUACAAAACUGUAAAGAAAUCGUAAAAACCAUUAAAACAGCUAAUUAUGCUAGAAAAAUAUUAGGAAGAGGUUCGGGAAGAAGAAGAACGUCAUGGUUUAGAAUCUCAAGAAGGUGGCAUGCACAAACAACCGUUCCGUGUAUAUGUUAAUAAGCUAAUGAUGGCCUAUACUGUAGCUAACAUCCGCUGUAGAAAUAAUUAGUAGAUCAUCAAAUCAAAUAAAGAACAUUUCUAAGUGAGCAAAUAACAGAAGUAUAGAAUAUAUCUUAUAACUGACUCACCCACAGUAGUCGAUGGAUUGAGUGUCUGCUUUCAAGAUCGCAACAUAUGGCAGAAUAUUUAGCAAUAUUGAAGGAGCUUUUCGUAAAAUAAUUCUGAAGAUUUUAAAAAAUAAGUAAAGAAUAAAAAACACCAUAUAAGACUGUAAUCAGAUCACGUAGUCACUAAAGAGCAUACAAAAAAAAUCGUAAUAAAUAUUUAAAAGAAAAAAUAGUUAACAGUAGAACGAUGGUACAUAUCAUGCAUAGAAUCAUAAUAAACAAUUUCUCUCGGUGACUUCAGGAAGUGCUAAUUAGACACGGUUACCACUACAAUAUUUUUUUUUUCUGAAAGCCGUCUUUCCUACACAAGUACAUACAUAGUUUCACAGUACUCAUAGUUAAAACAUAAUAUCUACAAAUACGUGUUAACACAGUAAUAGAAGUAAGUGAAGAAUAUAACCUAUCACUAAACAGUAGUCAAGCUAGAUAUUGAUUGCAAGAAAAUAAAUCCAAUAUCUUUUAAAAUAUCUUCUUUGUGUCUUUAAAUAUUUUCUAGAUGGCAUUCACAUUUUAAGC